AAAAAAUUAUGGAGAGGGGAACAACGGAGAGGAUCAGGGGAAAAUUUAGGGUUUUGCGAGACAUUAGAAAAUAGAAAUGUUGACGGGAGCUAUGUUGGCAAUAAACAGGGGAUUUAACCACAAGCUCUUCUCUGACUUCCACUUCCCCAAAACCCUUGCUCGUUCUUUCUUAUUCCCUCGCAUGGCUGCUUCUCCCACUGUUUCUUCUCCCGCCUACUCCACUGGCUCCCCUUACCAAGAUCCUCCUAAGCGAGUAGGCACUCACAACGGAAGCUUCCACUGCGACGAGGCUCUUGGCUGCUUCAUGAUUCGCCUCACCAACAAGUUCUCCAACGCCGAAAUUGUCCGCUCUCGGGACCCUCAGGUGUUGGAGGGUCUGGAUGCUGUGCUUGAUGUUGGGGGUGUAUAUGAUCCUAGACGGGACCGGUAUGAUCACCAUCAAAAGGGGUUUGAAGAGGAGUUUGGACACGGUUUCACCACCAAGCUCAGUAGUGCUGGUCUUGUUUACAAGCACUUUGGGAAGGAAAUCAUAGCUAAGGAACUUCAGGUUGAUGAAGGGCACCGAGAUGUGCAUCGUUUAUUCUUGGCUGUUUACAAGAGCUUCAUGGAGGCAAUUGAUGCAAUUGACAAUGGAAUCAAUCAGUACGAUACAGACCAGCCUCCAAGAUAUGUAAAUAAUACACAUUUAUCUUCAAGGGUUGGGAGAUUGAAUUUGGAUUGGAUACAGCCUGAUCAAUCACCAGAGAAGGAGAAUCAGGCCUUCCAACAAGCAAUGGCUCUGGCUGGCAGUGAGUUUUUAGAUUGUGUUCGAUAUCACGCCAGGUCUUGGUUACCGGCACGUACAAUUGUAAUGGAGUGUCUUGCAGCUAGAUUUGACAUCCACCCUACCGGUGAAAUUAUGGUUUUGGCUACAUUUUGUCCUUGGAAACUUCAUUUAUUUGAGCUUGAGGAGGAAUUGAAGAUUGACCCUUCAAUUAAAUAUGUUCUUUAUCAGGAUGAUAGGAGCAAACAUUGGCGAGUGCAGGCAGUGGCCAUUGCUCCAGAUAGAUUUGAAAGCCGGAGGCCUCUACCAGCUAACUGGCGAGGUCUGAGGGAUGAUGAGUUGUCAAGAGAGUCUGGAAUCCCAGGGUGUGUUUUUGUCCAUAUGAGCGGAUUCAUUGGUGGAAAUCAAACUUAUGAGGGAGCUCUGACCAUGGCAAGAACUGCACUGAAACUGUAGAACAUAGAAGAGUAGAUUAUCACAUUGCUGCCGUGAUCAAGGGAAAACUCCAGAAUUUAUCAAUAUUUUGUAUUGCUUGCGGGUAGGUAGAUUUGCUGUCCAAUUUUUACUGGGAUCUUAUAGUUGGCAUUCUUUCAUAUGACUGUAUGAGAACUAUUUCCCAUUUCAAUCUUAUAUCCUGACUAGGAGGUUUUUCAGGUCUUUUA